AUGCCGGAUACUACUCUUCAAACUACCCCUUGCUUCGCAGAUCUACCAGAAGAUGUACUUGUGCAAAUCUUUCAGUGGUUGUCAGCAGCCGCUCUUCUGGCCGUGGAGCGAACACGCAAAUCCUUUCGCGAUGUUGUGCGACAUCACGAUUACCUGUUCCUGAAGAUCUACGGUGAAGGUCCAGUCCACAGACGAGUGCACGAUGACGAACGAGACGCAACCACGUCACGACAGCUGCUGCGGGAAAAGUAUGAGUGGCGACAACGAUUGCAGACGAAAGAUGCAGUGCAGAUGACACCUACAGACUGUAUCGACACACUUCUUGAGAAAUUCUAUCUCUGCGACGACGCGACGCUGAAAGGCAUUGCGGAGAACGUGCUAUUUUCGCUUCAAGAGCAUAGAUCCGAUACUGUUGACUACCACGAAGCAGCAGCUACGGCAUUGGCGGUGCUCGGGCGUAAGGAAGAAGCGGCCCAAAAUUACGAUACCAUCCUUCGGCGUAACGAAACGUUACCAUCACGAACUAUACUCACGGCAGCGAGAUUCGGGUGGCCUUGUUUGCCCUUUCUGUGCUUUGACGCGGACCAGUUCAAAGGAGAAGCACUGCUCGGGGCAGCCGUCGGCGGGCAACUGUCAAUGCUACAAGAGCUGAUCUCCAUCGAUGCGCCAUUAGAUUAUAGCUCUCAUGGGCUCUCGGUCGCACUGGCCGCUGCAAUGGGUGGACAUACGAGUAUCUUGGAGUAUGUGCAAGGUGCUGGAGUGAAUCUUACUUCCAGGGCUUCUCAAAAUGCCGAAACACCACUCUACUAUGCCGCCAAGUACGACAAUGCUGAUGCCGCUCGCUACAUCCUUGCGUACACAAACGAAGCAGAAGACAUUCUCGAUGCCUUCGACGGUGGAGUAAUCUCUGGCAGCUUAUCGGUGCUUGAAACCCUUGCCCCGCAUCUCCAUCACUUGGAAGACGCUCUCAUUUCUCGAUUCUUGAAGACUGCCUGCUGCUCGACAACGACCGUGGCGUUACAUUUCCUACUAGUGGAUCAGAAGAUGGACGCCAAUCAUCUUCUGGAAGAUGGAAGUUGCGCUGUGCAUUUGGUUGCGAAAGAGAAUAAACUCGAACACCUCACCGUUCUUCUUGAAUGUGGAGCUUCUAUCCUGCCUAUGGACGCCACCGGCCAGACGGCGCUCGAAAUAGCACUCAGCCUCAACCAUACUGAGUUGAUUGAAUUCCUCGUUCAGGUUUCCCCGGAAUAUGGUCGAAACGGAUUUACGCAUCAGGAGAAGCUGAAGUACGUCGAGGAUUGCCUGGACCGCUUACGCCCGCUAUACCUUGGCGUUAUUGUCAUGGGCCAUAGAUCCGGGAGCAAUGAAGCCAAUGCGGAUAGGCCGCAGGUGAAUGUUGAAGUGUACCUGUGA